ACACAAUGAAUCCUCUGUUUCCUCUCCUGAGCGAACACUCUCACCUUCUGCAACUGAACCCCAACGACAACUCCAGCAAGGCAGUAACAGCAACUGGGACUACAUUGAAAGCAUCACAGGCGACAAUGAGGUUAGAAACUGGGAAUCUAUAUUUAGAGAUGGUAAAAUGCUGGGAUAUUUUGCAUCAUACAGCAAGGCUGCAACCAUGAAGUCGGCUUAUUACCGUUGGAAAAGACGGAAAAGAACUUGCGGAGCCCAGUCCCUGAAAAUAUAUUGACAUCAACUCCUGAACCAGGUAAUAGUAAUCAUAUAUAUGUAUAUGCUUAGUACUGAAUCAAUCCUUGUCAUGCCAGACGUAGUAAAUCACAAUGGCUCCCCCAUUUUCAGUGAUUUGCAAGAUAUAUUCGGUGACACUUCACCUCUACUAAGCAACGACAUCAAAAAAGAAAAAGAAAAAGAAAAAGAAAUAGAACACAAUGGUGCAGUCUCCAGGAAUUUUGAAGACAUUGGGUUUGAUAUUGGUCCUCUACCAGGGAACGAUGAGAUCAUUCUUUUGAGUGAUGCUGAAGAAAAUGUUGACGAUAUUGCAUCUCUCCGCAACAAAACGAUAUACGGUUUACACAAUGUCACCAUUUUCCCUUUUUCGCCAUCCAAUCAAGCGGUAGUAUGCGAUGACCUAGAUCUCCCAUUGCCAAAUCAAGCUAUGUCCUGCCACAUCGACUGUGUCAUCGAACUUAUAAUGCGCGUUAUUCUGAAGCGCUGUAUACAAGAAAAUAUUCCUGGGAAUUCUGAAAUGGACACUUUCAUGCAGUGUCUUCAGAAUUAUGCAAUUUCUCGUCAAUAUGCUCAAGGUUUGGAAUUGGCUAGGAAUUUUCUCUGGACUCACGGCUUCGUCUCAAAAAAUGCAAUGGGUGAUUGCCGGGAUGUACUUCAUGUGCUGUUCGACAAUAUCAAAGGAACCCCUCUGUACACCAAUCAACAUGCUCUUCAAUCCCAAUUGUGCGUGCAACUACGAAACUCUGAAGGAGAUGAUGAGCAGUUUCUUGGUCCAUAUAUCGCUUUGUGUCCUGAUGAUAAGGCGAAAGACUUUGAACAGUUGGUAUCAUCUUCCAUCGAAAGGAUGACAAGAAAAGAUGUAAGCGACUGUUUGAUGCCUCAGUUCCUCUUCCUUUCUGAUCCUGUGACAGCUGAAAACAUUAUUGACUACCCGCGUACAUUAUGGCCGUAGUAAUUAGUGGGCCAUUAGCAUAAUGAUUUUUCAAAGUCCGUGUUUUUAUUUAUUUUUCGUUAUUUAGAUACUUUUAUUUUCUUUUCUUUUCUUUCUUCCUUUCCUUUAUAAUGACUUUAGUUAUAGUAUAUCAAUUAGUGCUCUAUAAUAGUUAUAUUUUUAUUUACUAAAGCGUUUAUUUUUAUUCCUACUAC